UGAUGAUCCAUUGGUUCUCGCCUUGAGGGGAUGAUGACUGCCUGGUAGGGUUACCUGCUGUGGCUGCAUGUACAAGGGCAGCACCAAGGACCCAUUGCUGACUGGCUGGUGGCCCAGGGCAUAUCCUUUAACUUUUUGGACCUUGGUUUUGGCAUCUGUCAAAAGAGGAGGUGAAGCCUGAUGACCUCCAAGGUCCUCGACGCUCAGAUCUUAUUAAUAAUUACGAUAGCAACAGCCGCUGGUGUUUACUGAGGACUUGCUAAGUGCCAGGCACUGUGUUGAGCACUUUGAUCCUACUCCUUACAUCAACCCUGUGAAGAUGAUGGUAUCGUUACUGUCUCCAUUUUACAGAUGAGAAAACUGAGGCUAAGAGAGUAAUUUGGCCACAAGGUCAUAAUAAAGGAAAUAGAUUUGAAUUCUGGCAUUCUGACUGUACCAUUCUUAGCCACAAAACUGUUUGCACAUUCCACACAUUUACACAUGGUGUUGUGUACUGUUUUGGGUCAGUCACAGACUCCACCCCUGGACCUCUCCAUGAACCAUCCCUGUUCUACAGCCAUAAAGGCUCAAGUUGGAAUCUGGGUAAAAGCUGGGGACAGGGGACUGCUAACUACUUGGGGGUAGUGGAUAAAGAGCCGGUGGCUAGCUCCGUUCUUGAGCCCCUGGCUCAUUCUCAUUGAAGACCCUCAUAGCUGCUUUUCCUUUGGCCUGAGACAAUUCAUACUGCUGUUUGAAGUAACUCUCUUCAGAAGGGGUGCAUAGGCUUGAGUCAAGGCUUCAUACAUGGAUUAAAGUCAGGCCUGGGUGUUAUCCCUCAGCGGCAUCCUUUAUUAGGGUUGUAGAUGGCAGGCUUCUUUAUCUAUUUACAUAAAGCCUUGUUGGAGAAGGAGGUGUAUAUGGAAUUUAAAAAGGAAGUGUAACAUUAUUUGGAAUACCUGUUAUAAAUUAGGAUAAAUGAAAUCCCAUGGGUUAACUAAAAUAUAAUAGGCCUAUAUCAUAAUGUAUCAUCAACCCUUCUGCUUCCCUGAAGGCAAGUAGAAAAAAAUCCUGAAAAGUCUUAAUCCCUGAUUUUAUUAUUAUUUUUUUAAGAUACCGGUUCCUAUUCUUCUUACGUCUUUGAGCUAGAGUGGAUGGUGGGGUAAUUAAGAGUUACAGCCCGUUCUCCGCUCAAUCAUUGUCAAGUGUAGCCAACAAAUGUGGGCUCUGGGGUCACAGGUGUGUUGGGUGAGCCUUGAUUAAUUAGUCCGUUUUUGAGAGUCGUGGCUGUGGAGUCAGAGCCAGGUCCUCAGGGGCUCAUCCAGCCAAGCCCCAGGCCCUUGGCUCCCGCUGCUGCAUUCCUUCUCUCUAGGCGGUGUAUUUCUCCCUUUAAGACAUGUGUUCUGUAUUUUUUUUUUCUUUUCUUUUCUUUUUUCUUUUCGGUUAGUUGAACUUGCUCUGAGUCCGGUGGCAAAGGCAAAGCCAGACUCUGGUGUAGCAGCUCUGAGUCAGCAGCCAUCUAUCUCCUCCUCUUUGCUCGAGCCUCCAAGGCAGGCAGCAGGGCAGAGCCACAGCAGUUUCUGAAAGCUCUGCCGAGCCUGACAGAUCUCCAGGUGAAUCUACCCAGGGCUGACUUCAGUGUUCUUACUUCUGGCUUUUAAAUUUUUUCUUUUUAAAAUAACUUGGACGGAUGAAAGAUGUGCCAUGGCAGGAUAGCACCAAAGAGCACCUCAUUGUUUGCCGCGGCCUCCGCGGGACAUGGCGUGUUCCUUCUGCUGGUGAUUCUUAGCACCCUCCUUGGAGACGGACUUGCCUCAGUGUGUUCCCUGCCCCCGGAGCCAGAGAAUGGUGGCUACAUCUGCCACCCCCGGCCCUGUAGAGACCCCCUGAACUCGGGCAGCGUCAUCGAGUACCUGUGUGCUGAAGGCUACAUGUUGAAGGGUGAUUACAAGUACCUGACGUGUAAGAAUGGCGAGUGGAAGCCCGCCAUGGAGAUCAGCUGUCAUCUCAACGAGGACAAAGACGCCCACACGUCACUCGGGGUCCCCACGCUGUCCAUCGUGGCUUCCACUGCCAGCUCCGUGGCGCUCAUUCUCCUCCUGGUGGUGCUGUUUGUGCUGCUGCAGCCAAAGCUGAAGUCUUUCCAUCACAGCAGGCGUGACCAGGGGGUGUCCGGGGACCAGGUGUCCAUCAUGGUGGAUGGAGUCCAGGUUGCGCUGCCGUCGUAUGAGGAGGCUGUGUACGGCAGUUCCGGUCACUGUGUGCCGCCCGCUGACCCCAGAGUGCAGAUUGUGCUGUCAGAAGGGUCUGGGCCCAGUGGGAGGAGCGGGCCAAGGGAGCAGCAGCUGCAGGACCAGGGGGCCUGCUCCUCCGCAGGUGGAGAGGAGGAGGCCCCAGGCCAGCCUGGACUGUGUGAAGCCCGGGGCUCUCGGGGCUCGGAGACUGUGAUGGUGCAUCAGGCAGCCCCCUCUUCCUGGGUGGCCAGCUCAGGGAACAGCCGAGUGGCACACAAAGAAGCCCCAGAUUCAGAGAACAGCGACAUACAAAGCCUCACGUCGGAGGACUACACAGAUGAUAUCCCACUGUUGAAAGAAGCAUGAGGGCUGCCGCUGGCUUCUCUCCUCUCUGCCCUCCCUCCCUCUCCCUGUGGGUUUGAGCACCGCGUACUCCAGCUGCCCUGCCCGGAUACCUGAGCUGCCACCUGUGUAUCUGUGUAUCUCUGUAUCUCUGAGGGCCUGCAGGCCCACCUUGGCUGGAAACUCAAGGAAGAUUCUCACCAUCUGCCUGCUGGACAGCUGGAGGAGCUGGCUUUUUGCCUGGCCCAGCCUUCCCGUCUGUGUCGGGGACAUCGUUGAAUGUGCUGGAUUGAGCCCUUCCUUCCCCGAGCCCUCCGGGUCCGCUCCAGCGAGCGAGCGCUUGGGCGGCAGCCCCCGUGGGCCCGAGAGCGCUGCGUUUACUUGUGCCUUCCUCCCGCCCGUCCAGUGUCCCUGUCAUGCUGGCUUGUUGCUGUCCUGCAAGCCUUGGUGGCGGCACUCUGCCACGCAGGGGGCCGGGCCUGGGUCUGGCCUGUCUCCUUUGGGGGCUGGCACCGCUGCCCUUAGCAGGAGCAGAUCCGAGAGUGGCUCGAAUUGAGGCAAGCUGUGGCUCCCUUGGCCUGAGCUGUCCCAGCGCCCAGCUCUGUAGCUCAGAGGUGCCAGCGCCUGGCCCUGUCGAGUUUCCAAGAAGCAUCCAGAAGAUCCCAAGGGAGGGGAGGACGGUGGCUGAUAAUGAUCGAUCGCCUUGCGCAUAUGCAAGUUCUCACUUCCUCCUUCCAGCAUCUGGCCUUCCUGGCACCGGUCUUUUCUCUUUCCCUGGAGCAUAGGGGGGAGUUGCAUGCGGCCUCCUGGGUUUGAUCCUGCGCAGCUCCGGCUUCCUUGCCGGCCGAGCCCUGAGGCGAGUCAUCCACGGGUCGGGAGUGUUGCUGAGAUGCCAUGAGAUGCCCAUCUGGUCGCUGGCAGUUUGGGCCAGUUGCCCUGUUCUGGGUUCAUGGUGAGGGAAGGGGGCCUGAGAGGCGCCGGACGACCGUGUCCCCAGGCAGCUGCAGGCAGCUCCGCCCCGGUCCUGAGGGUCCUCCUCACCACAGUCACGUGCCUUAGUAACUGUGCCCAGGAAGCAUCCUGCUGCUUGCCUCGCUGCUGCUUUUCCUCGUUCCACCCUCCCCUGCCGCCCCUCCGCUCGUCACAGCUGGCAAACGACUCCCUGGUCUUCCCGGCACCGGGAGGGCCCAAGACACAGUCGGCACACACACCCCCACCCCCACCCCCCCAGCUUGUUGGUGGAGAUGGUUUGGAAGCAGCCUGGCUCCGGGGCCCUGCUGGGGCCGCUCCCUUGGCCGAGGGUCCCACACUGACAGGGCUGCUGCCUCUUCAGGAGAUGUGGCACUACGGAGCGCGUGUUACUGUUUUGUUUCUGAAGCACCGCGCCUCCGCUCCUUCCCCCAGCCUCUGUCUGGGGUGGUGAAAAUAGUAGAGCCCGAUGUGUUUUCAGUUCCUGACCUAACAGGGUAGCUCCGGGGUGGCUGCGGGUGGCCUCCAAGAGAAGAAGAACGAAUGGCCCGCCCUCAGCCUCCCGCCUCCACUCUCACGCGCGCACUUUACUCCGGGCUCUGCCGGGGGGCUCGCCGCCCCUGUAGUCUUCCCUCGGCUCAGGUGAGGGCAGCGCCUGCUUGCGUCGGGCUCCUCCCCGCGGGAGCCCUCUCGUGCUGUGUGCCCUCAGCCCUGGCCCGAGAGCUGGAGGGAGGGAGGUGGAACAGAGCAGGGCUGUCCUUGGCCUCAGAAGAGGCCGUUUUUGGAGACGUGCCUGCUGGCCGUUGCUGGCACGGGGCCCAUCUGGAGGGCAGGGUCCCCGGCCCCGCCGCUUCACCCUGCACAGGUUCUGUUCCACCCACCGGCAGCCCUUGUCUUCCUCCAAAAGAGAGCAGGGACCAGUGGGGACCAGGGGGAGGCAUCCGAAGUCUCAUUGCUGAGCCUGCAGCUUCUGUUGCCCAAUCUUCCAACACCUGAAUUCUAGUCUAGGAUCUUUCUUUAAAUGGAAGCUCUUACCUUUUUCUAUCCAGUUACUCUGGGUUUCUCACCCAAGAGAUUGCACUUUUUGUUUGCGGUAUAUUCAGCCACAGAGGUGACCGGCUUGGCCCGCCUGCCCUCUGAACCCUUCUUCCACUUGGCCCGCCCGCCCUGGGGAUCACAAGCCCAGACUUGCCACCCGGUAGGGAAGAGAGAAAAGUCAGGAACCUCCCUGCCACGUCCCCCACGUCACUGGCUUUGCUGGGGCCUCCCGGAGUCCCCCGGCCUGUGGGUGCAGAGCCAGCCUCAUUGCUGCUGACACCCACGACGGCUUACCGCAGUGAGCUUUCUGCUCCCACAUCAGCCAUGCGCUGCCGUUUCUAGAGCUUCUGGCCUUUGUCCCUUGCGAAGGAUCAGGGCCCCCCCCACAGCUGCCUUGGAGUGGGGCCUGGCUGAGAGAAAAGGUGGUGCUGGGGGCUGCCAGAGGGGCCUGGAGCAGGUGGGGAAAACUGCCCAUGGUCUGGCUUCCCGGGCUCCCCUCCAGGGGAGUCCAGCAGAGGACUUGCCCAGGAGAACGGUUGGCACCAAAGGACUUUUAAAAAGGGGUGUUCUGUUUUGUUUGUUUGUUUUGCAUACAUGAGCUGACUCAGUGCAGGUUUUAUAUCCUGGCAACUUGCAGUCACAUUCCAGUGACUUUCAAGGGCCAGUAUGUGGUGAAAAUUACUUAAAAUUUCCAUCCCUUUCAAUGCCUUAGUUCAGCACGUAGGCUCUGUCUUUUGCCAUUUUUGAGUUUUGUGUGCUAUGCUCCCACUUCACUGGGUGUGAACCGUGAAAUGGGCCGAGUCCUGGCCACUUUGUGAGUUCUUUUGGUUUUAUAAGGUAUUUCAGUGUACAUCCUGCGAACACUCCAUUUGCAAACAGAACUCACGUUGUCAUCCCCAUUCUUCCUGCCCUCCUCCUCUCCCCUUCCCCCAGCUUUAAAGCUCCGUGGAGAAGCUGGAGGGCAAGACAGACAAAGGUACACUUUUCCUGCUAAGUUAGUGGUGGCACAGGAAUCCUAGCACUCGGCCUUUCCCCUCCCCAUCCCAGAAGAGCUCAAACCACUUGCUUUCUACAUAACAAUGUCACUUCCAUUCCCAGGGAACAUCUUUACGUAGAGAAUGGAAAAUGCUGCAAAUAUUUCUAGAUCCUUGCCUGUUCCCCUCCUCCCCCCCCACCCCCCACCUUGAGAAUAACGGGCCCAGGAGGGAAGGGACGCGGGCUUGACAGCUUAAUUCCAGAUGUGCUUUGCUGAGGAUAGAGGCUGGGAGCGUUUCUCGUGGAGCCUGCUAGGGCUCCUGGCUCUCAGCAUCGGGCCUGUCAUUACUGGUGUCCGGUGAGGGGCUCCGAGAGGAUUUUUUUCGACAGAUGGGUGCACCGAGUGGUAGAGUAGCCAGUUCCCCGGAGAGGGAAAGGCAGGCUCAGCUUUCCUGGGAAGCGACUACUCUUAACCGCCAGUUGAAAAUCUGGUGGAAUCUUGAAUGAGAACCCCAAGGCUGAGCCCUCUGCUAGGAGCUGGGGAAGAUGCAGGGGCAGAGCACUCAGAUCGCCAAGCAGGGAGGAGAGAGGGGCGAGGAGGGUUGCCUGGCAGCCCACCACACCCUGCCCAGGCUUCUCAUCACACCACUAUGGAAUCUCUGCAGUGGUUUCACAUGACACACGCAUCAUUGACUGUGCAGGAUGUCAGUCAGUUUGGGUUUGCUUUAUUUUAUUUUAUAUAUAUAUUUUUUGGUAUCCUGUACAUUGCAGUGGGUGUGAAGAUAGUAUUUUAAUAUUUGUACAAAGUUUAAUUUAAUUUUAAUUGUUCUAUGUAUAUAACUGCAUUUCUAAAUAAUAAUAAUUAAAAAAAAGUUCUUAUGAAGGCAGUUGUGAGAGAUGUGAUCCUUCCAGAAAGUUUUUGCAGCAACCCUCCUAUGGGCAGGAGCUCGUGAAGGGAUGAAGCGCUAGCUCUGGGGAGAGAGGUACCUGGUAAGAGGAGACAGGAUGAAGGUACAGGGAAGGGAGACCACAAACGUAAGUGGAAAUACAUCACUUCUCUUGGUUUUUUAGUGCUCUUAGUGUGCCCCCCACUGUGCUCACGCUGGGAUUCGGCAGUGAGCAACACCGUGAGUUUGGGGCCUGCAUGGAAUUCCUAACGUAUCAGGAAAGCACACAGUCACAACACUAUGCAGUGAUGGCUGUGAUCACCGAAGUUAUGUUGGGGGACAGUCAGAAACACCUUUUGGAUGAGAUGCCACGUGAGCUGAGAUGCGAAGGGCCAGAAGAGUGAGGCUGCGGAGCAGGGCACGAUGUGUGUGUGGGUGUGAAGGCAGCAGAAAAGCACAUUUAGUUUGAGAAACUGAAAGGAGUCUAGGGCCGCCGCAGGCAGGGCUGAGGGCAGAGUGGCUCAGGACGGGCUGAGCAGGGUAAGCAGAGGCCAGUGGUAGGAGGCCCCGGCCAGCCAAGCUGAGAAGUUUCACUUCAUCCUAAGGGCAACAAGUGCCUUAAUGGUUUUAAGUAAUAGAAUGACUUAGUAAGCUCUGGGGGUUUUUUUGUUUGUUUUUUUGGGAAGCUAUCUACGUCUCUUAAGAAGAAUGAGUUUAGGGGGAUAUAACAUAAGUACCUGGAGACCAUGUAAGAAGUUGUUGGUCUUGUGGGAAAUAAGGCAGUUUGAGCAGCUAGGUAAACAGCAACACCAUUCUCUGAGGUGGGGAAGUGGAAGGCACAGUUUGGGGAGGGGAAAUGAUGGAGGUCUAGAGAUGAAAGGGCAGAGGACAUAGGGGUGAAGAGGUCAUCAUUGCCAGGUAGGAGAGGCCGACAGUACUCGAGCAGUUGCAACAGGUAGUAAAGUCAAGGGUGUGAGUAGAGAGAUGUACAGGGUAUUUUGGCAUUGAAAACCAGGCCACCCUUAAAUUUGCCCUUGGGGUAAUGGUCAGGAUGUGUUUCUCUAACAGUGUCAGGUGGGAAAACAUUCUAGGGGCAUCUGUGCCAAACACCCAGUCUCAGCCUCAGAGCACCAGUCCUCAGAAGGGUCCGCACAGACAUCACUGACAUUAAUUGCAAGGAGAGGAAGAGAAGAGUAUUGUACCAAUAGGAGUAAUGGUGAUAAAAGCUGAUCGUUAAAAAGCACUUACUCUGUACCAGGCAGGCUUCUAAGUACUCCGUGUGUAUAAACUCAUGGAACCCACACAGCAGCUCUGCAAGGUGGGCACCAUCCCUGCCCAGAGCCCCAGACGAUAUAGAAUGAAAGUGAGGCCUCAAGAGGUGAACUAACUUGCCCAAAGCGGAGCCGGGAUUGAAUUCAAACCCAGAUACCCCUGCCGGAGCGAUCCCCUCCCUUGACCCGUUCCUGCCCCAUCACACCCUUGCCUGCCUCUCCAGGCCCUCACCCCCUUCUUUCUGCCUUUCAGAGUCUCUGUCUCACCAGUGAGCUUCAGGUAGAGGAAAAACACUUAAUUUCGGGGCAGGGAAAUGGCACACUGUUCACGAGGAUAAUAAAAUACGCUCAUCUCAAAGGAUGGGACGUACCCAUCACCGUGUCGGGAGGAGGCAUUUAAGCUAUGCAGAAAUGUGAUAAGACAUAAAUUCACAAAGCGGCGGGAGUUGUUCCUCUACAAGAAGAAACACAGGAAAGAUUGCUUGUUUCAGUGAGAGGUAAGUCGUCUCUGUUGUUGGGAAGUAGGUGCAGAAACACAUCCCAUCAGGUAAGGUGUGCUGGGUAGUCUUGUCAAAACGGGGUCAACCACAGGCUUGCGGCCUUUCUCUUGAUGACAGAUGAGGGGGACAAAGGCAACAGCCCACGAAACCUGCAGAGCUGCUGGGGGAAUGGCUGUCUUUGAAGUGGUUGCCUCAGGUUGGAAAGUGGGUGGGAGGAGAGCAGAAGAAUUUUCUGCCCUGCUGCUGAACCCCUGCCUCCCGAUUUGGAAAGUGGAGACCCCUAGACAAGAGCAAAAGUAGUAACAGUCUCCAGGGCAGGGCUUUCUCAGACUACUUAAAAUAUCUUGCAGUACGCCAAAGUAACACAUAGGCAUUUGAGAAAAUUUAGAAAGGUCAUUACAAUCACCCAUAAUUCCACCUCUUGCUGGCAAUGUUGUUCUAAUCUCAUAAAAUUUCGUUGACUUCAUUUUUAAUGGUUGUGUAGUUUUCUGUCGUAUUGGUAAUUUGGACUUUGAAGUUGCCAAAUUUUUUUUUUAAUUCUUACAACCAGUGGUUUGAUAGUAUUUUAAAUUAUUUCUCUGGCAUAAACUACUGGAAAUGAAACUGCUAGAUGAGAAGAAACACACAUUUUAGAGUCUUUUGAUAUAUCUCAAAUUGCCCACCAAGGAAGUUAUUCCAAAUUAUGUUGUCAUUGGCAGUGUUCAUUUUCCUAAACAACCUCGCCAGCAUGGGGAGUUAUCAUUUUUAAAAAUAUGCCAGUUGACAGAAAAUGGUGCUUUGAUUCACACUUGUUUCAUUAUUCCUGAAGUUGAAUUUUAAAAUAUAAUUUGCUUACUCUUUGUAACAAAGACAUAUAUCGAAAACUAUCCAAGUUUGACGUCCGAGACAUCCAUGUUUGAGAUGAAAAAUCAAAACCGCGAUUCCUCUUCUAAAUUAAAUAAUGCAUUAUAUAUGUAGAGAAAGAUAGAUGAUAGAUAGAUAAAUUCCUGAGGAAAGGAAUUAAUCUGAACCUGGGCAAGACGUGACACGUUCCCAAUACAGGCCCGGAUUGCUGCUCUAAGCUCUGUGGUGGUAGAGGAGCAUCACAGGGCUUGGGGACCAUCCCGUCCCACGCCCAGAGGUGAACAGCUGUUUGGCAUUUCAGAUUUCCCAUGAUGCCCUAUGGCCCCCAGAAAAGGAAAUUUCACAACAUAGGAAUGUCCUGAGCAGCCCAUCUGGGGCAGCUUGAACUGUCCCUGAGCCUGGGGUGGCAGACGAUUCCCAACUUGGCAGAAAACUGAGGAGGUUUUGGCAAGCGUGGACUUCCCCACGGCAGAGCUUCCUGUGAGAGCAGGUAGUCCAGCCUCCAACAAAGGCAGCCUGCUUGCAGGUUCAGCCUGCUGGCUGGGGCUGAAAGGAAGGACUUCGGCUCCACACAAACACACCAAGCAUGGGGACUGCUCUGCCUUCUGGGGUGGCCUCUUGACGCCCUUCAACAUCGGCUCCAAAGACUUUUUGAGACUCUGGUGCUGUAGCCUUUCUAUGGGAUGGCCAUUCCCACUCCUGUUCUAAUCAUU